AUGGAGAGGAGCAGAGGGAGAGGCGCAGAAGGAGAGGCGCAGAUGGAGAGGAGCAGAGGGAGAGGCGCAGAAGGAGAGGCGCAGAGGGAGAGGCGCAGAGGGAGAAGCGCAGAGGGAGAGGUGCAGAGGGAGAGGCGCAGAGGGAGAGGCGUAGAGGGAGAGGUGCAGAGGGAGAGGCGUAGAGGGAGAGGUGCAGAGGGAGAGGCGCAGAGGGAGAAGCGCAGAGGGAGAGGUGCAGAGGGAGAGGCGCAGAGGGAGAGGCGUAGAGGGAGAGGUGCAGAGGGAGAGGCGCAGAGGGAGAGGCGUAGAGGGAGAGGAGCAGAGGGAGAGGCGCAGAGGGAGAGGCGUAGAGGGAGAGGAGCAGAGGGAGAGGCGCAGAAGGAGAGGCGCAGAUGGAGAGGAGCAGAGGGAGAGGCGCAGAAGGAGAGGCGCAGAGGGAGAGGCGCAGAGGGAGAAGCGCAGAGGGAGAGGUGCAGAGGGAGAGGCGCAGAGGGAGAGGCGUAG